AUGUCUCCCUACACCGUGUUGGUCCUUUGCAUCCAAAUUUGUCUGAUCCAGUCGGUGUUGAGCCAGGGCUGUUGCGGCUCCAGCGGCUACAGCUCCGGCUCUUACGGCGGCGGCUGUGGCUGCGGCUCGUACGGCGGACAGGGCUGCGGGCAGGUGGGCGUGAAUGGCGACAUCCAAGCGUGCGGCAACACCUGCGUUCAAGGAUCCGUGCCCGUACUCGGCGCCGUCUGCUUGGACGGCUGCGCGCCCGCCUGCGGCUCCGUCUCCAUCUGCGGACAAUGCUGCGGAUGCGGAUGCAACUAAACAAUUGUACCAUGAUCACACCACACUUCAACGAUAAAAUAAACACUUCGUGACUUAACUCCGUUUUGUUCCUUAUGUUGUAAUAAUAUCGUUUUAGGUUCCGUAAAAUUAACAAGAAAGUUGAUAAUUAAACUCUAA